UGGGCAGCUGCCUUCUCCCUAGGCUAUCUGUUAUUUGUAAGAGCUAGAAGCAUCACGAAAGCCACCUUUCCCCUUGGCCUGAGCUGUGGGGGACACAGAGGAGAAGCCAAAGCCAAACCCCCCAGGGAAGAAAGGAGCUGCUGCUGCAAUGUCCUCUUUCCUCUGCUUUUUCUUGGGCCUCUGCCUAUUGGCUUCCAGUUCUGCCUCUGAAGAUGACACCGUGGUGGUCACCAGCAGUGGUCCCAUCAAAGGCAAGCAUCUCCCAGCUGGCUCUGGCUCUGUGACUGCCUAUCUGGGCAUUCCCUAUGCUGAGCCCCCAGUGGGGAAAUUGCGUUUCCAGAAGCCCCGUCCACAUCAGCCAUGGACCCAUGUCUUGGAGGCCACCAAUUAUGGCAACCCCUGCCACCAGAGAAGUUCUUUUCGCUAUGCUUUUUCAAACAUAUGGGUUGCCAACACAUCCAAUUCAGAAGACUGCCUCUUCCUGAACAUAUGGGCACCUCACCCAAGGCCCUCCAUGCCAGUUCCAAUCCUUGUAUGGAUCCAUGGUGGGGGAUAUAUAGCCGGAGCAGGCUCUCUGGACUUAUACAAUGGAGCACUUUUAGCUGCUACUGAGAAUGUCAUUGUGGCUUCCAUUAAUUACCGGCUGGGGACACUAGGCUUUCUCUUCUUCCCACCAGAUGCCCCAGGGAACAUGGGAUUGUGGGACCAACAUCUGGCUCUCAAGUGGUUGAACGAGAAUGCAGCAGCCUUUGGUGGCAAUUCAGCUCAAUUGACUCUCCUUGGCCACAGUGCUGGAGCAGCUUCCGUGGGUUUCCACCUCCUCUCCCCAACAAGCCAACCCCUUUUUGCCCGUGCUGUGGUUCAGAGUGGAGCUCCUAAUGCCCCCUGGGCUUGGAAGGAUCCUGAGGUUGUCAAGAGCCUUGCUUCCUCAUUAGGUGACCUAUGGGAUUGUCCUAAAAAAAAUCACAGUUCUGUAGUGAGCUGCCUGCAGGAUACAGACCUUCAGGGGGAUUCAUUUGCUUAUAGGAGUCCUUUAUUCCUACCCACCUCAGACAGGGACUUCCUUCCUGAUGAGCCAAAGAAACUUCUACAGACUGGAGGCAUGCGGGCUAAACCACUACUCAUAGGUGUUACCAGGGAUGACGGCUCUCUCUUUUUGGUAUCUGGCGUCCCCAGCGCCCUAAAAAAUGAAGCAGUAAUGACCUGGGAGCAGCUCCUAGAAGGGAUGGUUUACUCAUUACGAAAGAAUGUUCAAGGAAAUGUUGUGACUGCUCUAGGAUUGAAGUACAUUGAAAAUAGCCAUGGGACAGACCGGUACCGUCAGGCCCUCUCCCACUUUUGCAGAGAUUAUUUCUUUCUCUGCCCACUGGCCGAAGUGGCUGAAAACAUGGCAGCAGCCGGGGGUCCUGUGUAUGUUUACUCCUUCAACCACCACAUCUCCGGCUCCGUUUGGCCUGAGUGGAUGGGAGCCGCCCAUGGAGCAGAGCUGCCUUACCUGUUCGGAACCCUCUCAGCAUUACCAGGGAUAAACCAAACACGCACAGAAGCUGACGCUGCACUGAGCCGCAGGGUGAUGCGCUACUGGGCGGAGUUUGCCAGAAGUGGGAAUCCCACAGGAUCCGCAUCCGAUGGGGAGCAGUGGCCACUCUACAAUGUCACAGAGCGGAACUUCUUCCACAUCAGCAGAGAAGCCCCCCAGAUCAUGAAGAUCUCACCUGCCCAGCACUGCAGUUUUCUUGGAACCCAUUUAUUCAAUACAACACGCACAAAUUUAUCCCAAGGAUAUCCUGUUUCAUCAGACCAAGCGAAUGGCACAAAGAAUGGGACUGGAUAUUAAUCGACAGAAUUCGUGUGCAGGUUCAGGAAAAUGGCCUGAAGCCCUCCAAAACUGUUCUGUCACAGAAGCUGGGAAGAGCUGGGCCUCAAAAAUACUCGAAAAAAGUGCUGCUUGAGAAUCUAAAAUCCUGGAGCUCUUUUGGAGGAACAGCAGCAUGCAAAUAAAUCAUAGAAUCAUAGAAUCAUAGAAUAGCAGAGUUGGAAGGAGCCUACAAGGCCAUCGAGUCCAACCCCCUGCUCAAUGCAGGAAUCCAGAAAUAGUUGCUUCUAGCUUUUAUGACGGGAGAAACUUCCAUUUUGGUGCCUCCUUUUCCAGAAACACUUCCCAUGAGCCCUUCCACUUGAUCAUUGUGUAAAUUUAUUUGGAAUAGUAGAAAAUGGUUGGUACCUGAAUUGAAUUUGCUUAUUUUCUUCAUCCUUUCCUAUUUCCCUUUUGUGUUCUGUAGCUCUUAGAUUAUUGUUGUUAUUGAAACGUAAAGUAUGCAGAAUUCUUUGGCAAAAAGACGGUAUAUAAAUGGAGUAAGCACAUCAAUAAUAAAUUCACAUUUUAAAGGUCAAAUAUCAUAAGCAGAAGACAUUGACACCUAGUGGCAGAACAAUGCAUUACAGAAGACAGCACAAGAAACUCCUGCAUUCUGAAACAAGAGAUAAAUAGCAGAUAGUGAUGCUUAGUGAUGCAGCACUGCUCAAACAUUACCUGUGUUUUGCAUAAUAAAAUAACUUUUCCCA